GACACAGUAUUGGAGAGGACCAGUUUCUUGGAGGUGUCUGGACUUUGAGCACCUUUACCUGUGAUGCUCUGAUGACCAUGGAUGUCAUGCUGUGCACCGCCUCCAUUCUCAACCUGUGUGCUAUCAGUGUUGACAGGUACAUCGCUGUUGUGGUCCCUCUGAAGUACAACAGGAACCAGUUCAGUGUCCGUCAGCUGACACUAAUCGCCGCCACCUGGCUGCUGUCUGUGGGCGUGGCCAGUCCAGUGAUUUUCGGUCUGAACCAAGUGCCUGGCCGGGAUCCGAGCGUGUGCAGACUGGAGAACGAUCAGUUUGUAGUGUACUCCUCAGUCUGCUCAUUCUUCGUGCCGUGUCCCGUCAUGCUCUUCUUAUAUUACUGGAUGUUUCGGGGUCUGCGCCGCUGGAGUGGGCGGAGCAGGUCUCAUGUGGGUCUGGCAUAUCGUCCAGCUCUCGCUCUGAACCUCAGCUCGGCUCCCCAGCGAGCUAAUACCUCAACCAGUGAAAGUCAAGAGAAAGUUACGUACGCCGCUCCAGACUGUCUCAGCCCCGCCUCACUGUCCACCGUCUCCACAGUAGCGCCCUCUGUGACCCCAGUGACGGAGGAGCAGCAGGACGGGGGGACAGUGGACAGCGACCCAAUAACGACUCAGGUGGACAGCACGUCAGAAAGAGCGCUAACAGAGCAGCGGGAGAGCAGCCUGAUGAAGAGGAGUGCAGCGAGGAGACGAAGAAGAGGCUCUAAGAGCAGCAGAGUCAGCGGGCGGGAGAGGAAGGCCAUGAAGGUACUUCCUGUCGUUGUGGGAGUGUUUCUGGUCUGUUGGACGCCGUUCUUCAUCGUCCACGUCACCAAGGUCCUGUGUCAGUCAUGUGACAUCGGCCCCACCCUCAUCUCUGUGGUAACGUGGCUUGGCUAUGUCAACAGCGCAGUCAACCCAAUCAUUUACACUGCCUUCAAUGUUGAGUUCAGAAACAUCUUUCACAAGCUGCUGAGCUGUCGGUCAUGAAACCAGAAUGUCUGAAACUGAGUCUGAAACGAGAUCUACAGUCCAGACUAUAGCUGGAGAGUGAAUGUAGGUUGAUGCUUUAAAGAUUUCCCUCAUUCCUUUGUAUUCCAGUCCAAAGAUUCUGUUUGGGUCAAAUAAAAUCUUCCUCUCCGUAGAUCACAUGUAAAUAGUUUUUGAAGAAUUUUAACACUUUAAUCACGUUGCUAUAAAUAUGAACUGCAACCAUUUUAAUCUGUUAAUACUGUAAAUAAUUCUAACAUGCCUUCUGAUUUCAUUUUCUACCAAUUAACAAUGGAAAUGAAUGUUUAUGCAUGAACUUAAAUGUGCUUCAUCAUAAAUCAAACUUUAUAGAGUGCAUUAAGGUGCAAACGGUAAAAGCAUAAUGUGAGGUCAAGGGGCACACUGUUGGGCAUUUGAGCAAAGUUUGAAGUAAAUUUCUCAAGGCUGUCUUGAGAUAUAGCUUCCACAAGCAAGAGGUGAACAUGAGGCCCAGUAACCUUAACCUUUGACCUAUGAUGUCCAAAAUCUAAUCAUACUAUCCUUUAGUUAUGGUGAAAGUUUGUGAACAAAUUUGAAGAAAAAUCCUCAAGGCAUUCAUGAGAAACUUUAACCACAAGCCAGGGAUGAGCAUGAGGACUUGAACUUCUGACCUAUGACCUCCAAAAUCUAGUGACUUUAUCCUAAAGUCAUAGUGGCUACUUUUGGAAAAUAUGAAGGAAAAUCCCUGGAAGUUUUCCUGAGAUAUCAUUUCUUAUCAGCAACGGAUGAAUAUGAGGCCCCGUAAAAUUGACUUUCAACAUAUUACUACUAAAAACUAAUUAUUUAUCUUAGAGUCAGAGUGGGCAUUUGAGAAAACUGGAAGAAAAUCCCCAGAAAAGGUUUUGAGACAUCAUGCUCAUAAGAAAGGGAUGAACAUGAGGCCCAAUGAUGUUGACAUGUUAAAAAGACUUUCAAACUAUGAUCUAUGAAUUCUAAUACUUUUCCUCAAGUCAAAGGGGACAUUUUUAGAAAACUGGGUGAAACUCCUUUAAAACAAUUUUAAGAUAUCAUGCUCACAAUCAAGGGAGGAACAUGAGGUGAUCUUGACUUCUUAGCUCCAGAAUUGAAUCAGUUUGGGGGUGAGUCAGAGUCAAGGUUUAUGGAAAAUGUGAGGAAUGGCUUCCUCAAAGUAUUCUUGAAAUAUCGUAAUUACAAGAAAGGAAUGAACAUGAGGCCCGGGAAAAUGUGACAUCCAAAAACAAAUCCUCUUACCCACUGUCUUAGCGGAUGUUUUUUCCAAUUUAAAGAAAAAGCCCUUAAAACUUUGUCGAGAUAUCACAACCAUAAGCAAGGGAUGAGCAUUAUGCCUAGUGACCUUAACUUUUGUUCUUCAAAAUCUAAUCAAUUCAUUCUUGAGUUACAGUGGACAUUAGUGAAAAGUUUAAAAGAAAAUCCUGCAAAGCAUUCUUCAGACACCACAUUUAUAAAUUAGAGAUGAACAUGAGGCCCAGUAACAUUGACUUUUGACCGAUGAACCCCAGUAUUUGAUCAUUUCAUCCUAACGUCAGAGUGGACAUGAGUUGAAAGCAGGAAUAAAAUAGAGGUUUUGAGUUAUGCUCACCAGCAAGGGAUGAACAUGAGGCCCAACAACCCUAACCCUUGACCUCUAAAGUCUUAUCAGUUCCUUGAGUCAGAGUGGACAUUGGUAGAAAAUGUGAAGCAAUCCCUUGUAACGUUCUCCAGAUAUUGCUUUCACAAGCAAGGGGGGAACAUGAGGCCCAAUGAUCUUGACUAUUUGUUGUAGUAAGUCUGAAUGGAUAUUUAGGAAGAGUUUGAAAAAAUUCCCUCAAAUCAUUCUUGACUGACCCGGACAGACGGACAAAAAAUAACCUGAAAACAUGAUCCUUGUUUGUCGCUGGUGUGGAGUCAUGAUGAGUCUGAGUCAUCUUUAACAUUUUUGAACCUUCAGCUUUUUAGCUGUUUUACUCUCAUUUUGAGGUGACAGAUGUUUUUAUACUCUCUGCCUCAACUGGACGCAGAUGUUUUCUGAGUGAUGCUUUAGUUUAACAGUCAGUUGGACCAAAUAUUUCUGACUGGCUCUUAUUUUUUAUGUGUCAGACUUUUAUUUUGAAGGUGUGUGAUUUGUUUUUAAAACAAGUGUUGAUUAAAUUUGUUAACAUUUCAGCCCAGAGACAUAAAAUAUGUGAAAAAUGUGAAGAGUUGAAUGUGUUGAUGUUGUUUAUAAUGGAAGUGGUGACUGUUGUUAAAAGAUCUUGUUUUUCUUUUUAUCUAUUUUGUAAUUAUAUAAAAGAAUGUUUUUAAAAGUUAUUUAUGUUGAAAGAAAAUCAAUUUUCUGAACUUUAUACCUGAUAUUCAGCUUACAGCUGCUUCUCUUAAAUGUUCAAAUGAAUAAUUGAUUGUAGCAAAUGUUUAUU